UUGUGGAUCCAUGAGUAUAAUCUGACUGAGCGUGUGCAGUUGAGCCUUUUUUAAGUCACUGUGCAGAACUUUCUUCAGCUUUUUGUAAGAACUGCACUGAGUAGAAAAUGCCAGGCCUAGAUUGCAGGAAAGCGCAGACAUGAGUAGCAAACCCACAAAGAUCUGGGGUUUUCACUGGCCUACAACUUUCCAGAGUGCAGCUCUCUCUUCAGAUGUCUUCCGCCUUCUACACUUUUGCAUCCUUGAGCUCUUGUUUUCAGUGAAGUGAAGCACGGAGAGGAUGAAGAAAGAUUUUUGCCUUCAAUAACUGAACUAAAAGACACAAAAUCUGCUCAAAAUUAAGGUCGACUUUCAGAAUGAAGGUGAUUGUGUUGUUUGUGUUUGUGCUGGGUGCACUCUCUGCUGCAGGUGAAGAGUUCUUUGCAAAAGUCGGGGGGAAAGUCACAUUGAACUGUGGAGUCAGCAGCUACAGACGCUCUCUGCAGUGGCUUCAUCGAUAUAACUUAAUUCAUAGUGUUGAUCAGAGAGGCUUCACUCGCAAAGGCACUGUUGAACUUGUGCAGAGGUCAGUCCUGAGACGGACGAAUCUGGAAAUCUCCAGUGUGACAGAAACAGAUGCUGGAAACUUCAAAUGUUUGGCAGAUGGGACACAGCACCAACAUUCACUUUCUGUGGUCUCAGUUUUUGUCUCUGUCCAUCCCUCUGCUGUUCUCAAGCUGAACGAUGAGGCAACGCUCCGGUGUGAGGUGAAAGGUCAGCCCCAAGGUUGUGAAGUGAAGUGGAAGAGUCCAAAUACAAAGUCACCCACAAAUCCAUCAACAGUUCAACUGAAACCUGUAACAAACUCACAUAACGGGGCCUGGGAGUGUAUCAUCACCUGUGGCAGCAAUACGUUUAGUCAGAGUCUGACCAUCACAGUACAAGAGCCUCCAACUGCAACAACUACAACAACUCCACCAACCACCCGUAAGAACAUCACAUCAUUUGUAACAAGUGUUCAAAAGACAACAUGUACAACAUGUACUGCCAACGAUUGCCCACUGGGACUCUCCUGUUGGAUGUGGAUUGCAAUCGGGAUGUGCUGUCAGUUUGUUCUCCUGAUAGUUUGUGUCAUUCUCUUGUGUAAGUUUAUGAGAAGAAGGACAGUAUGUGAGAAAAGGUGUUCAUCAAAUAUUUAUGUAUAGAGUUGAUCGUUGACAAUGAAACAAACAAUCAAAAAAUGGGUUAAACACCCCCUGCACCAUUGUGUUUACAGAUUAUGUUGAACUUCUACUUAAAGUUCUUCAUUGACUCUGUAGCUGUUCAGAGUCAUGAUUGCGCUCCACCACGUUCUUACAAAAGUCCUGGCACGCUUCACAACUGGCAAAAGUCUAAAUGAGUGUCUCAGAUUGAGUAUUACACUCUUCAGUAAAUUGGUGCAGAUUUACAGAUGAGGUGUCGGUUUGUUUUCUGGGCCUUCCUGGGUAAAACUGAGAAGCAACUAAGAUCUCUCAGACAUCUGUUCAGGCUUUACACACAAAUUACACUUCAUUGCCAAAAGUAUUCACUCUUCUACCUUCACACACAUAUGAACUUGAGUGAAAUCCCAUUCUUAAUCCAUAGGGUUUAAUAUGAUGUAGGACCAACUGUGGCAGCUUAAACUCUUAUGGGAAGGCUUUCCAAAGGUUUAGGAGUGUUUAUAGGAGUUGUUGACCGUUCUUCCAGAAGCACAUUUGUGAGGUCAGACACUGAUGUUGGACUAGAAGGCCUGGCUCAGAGUCUCUGCUCUAAUUCACCCAAAGUUGUUCUGUCGGGUGGAGGUUGGGACUCUGUGCAGGCCAGUCAUGUUGUUCCAACAGGAAGAGGAAGAGACCAUCCCCAAACUGUUCCCACAAAGUUGGAAGAAUGAAAUUGUCCAAAAUGUCUUGGUAUGCUGAAGCAUUAAGACUUCCUUUUACUGGAACUAACCGACUGAACCCAACUCCCGAACAACAACCUCGCACAAUAAUACCCCCUCCACUUAUCUUUACACUUGGCCAAAUACGAUCUGACAAGAAUCGUUCCCCUGGCAACCGUCCAUUGCAUUGUCCAGAUGGAGAAUCUUGAUUCGUCACUCCAGAGAACAUGUCUCCACUGCUCCAGAGUCCAGUCGUAGUGCGCUUUAUGCUGAU